AUAAAAAAAUAUGCUUUAACAAGUCUAGCAGGAAGAAAGACUCUCAUCUGCCGGGAGAUGCUCUGUACGCACUGAAGCAGUGCUACCCACACCCACCUGUCUAGGGGGUCUGUGUGAUGCAGGUUAUAGAGCCCACUUUCCUUCUCCAGGUCCUUUAGAAGACCCCCAUUCAUGGAUCAGUCCUGAGGACUUAGCACAGGAGUCAUGGUUCUUUGAUGUCAUGUCUUUAAACUAGAAGAUGUGAAGCUCACUCUGGCUCUUUUCUUACCAUGAGAGUAUUCUCUUUCAAGUGGCUCAGGUUAAAGCUUUUCUGGAGGAAUACUAUCUUUUUCCUGCUCUUCUGGGUCUCUUGCUGGAUUUUCGUGAAUACUUUUCUGUAUGUUCACAGAAGCGUGUUCUCAGAUCGCUGCACUGAUGAGGAAAGUAAGAAUGUUCUUGCUGGACUGUGUUAUGACUACAUAGAGGGCUCGGUGGCAGGAGAUUUAUGUGAAGAUUUAUGUGUUACACAUCAGCUGGUUUACAAACACUGCCUCUAUUACCACCCAGGAAAGAAAGUCAUUCAGGCUGAUUGGCAUGGCAGUUCUAUAAUACUGAAAUCAAAAUCUGAUGCCUUCUCAAAUUUUAUGGAACCUUUUCUCCUAGAAGAAUCAGACAGUCAGACAAUUUCUGAUUCAGAACUUCUAGUAAUGGUGGCGGUAGAAAUAAAAAAUGUCCUUGGUUUGGAUCUACCAAAUAAUACCAUAUUACCCAUUAUGUCAGAAAGGAAAAAAAGUCAGAACUGGAAAAUAGACUUGGCCAGUAUGUGGUCUUUAUUUCAACAAGAAGAAUACCUGCUCUUCAAUUUGCUGCAAGACUUUAGCAGGCAUGUCUUACACGUGAUUGGUACUUGUGGCCAUUUCUAUGCCGUGGAGUUCCUUAGUGCUGGACACUCUUGGAAACAGAGCCUAUUUAACCUAGAGGAAGUUAUUGGUCAGUGCAACAGUGGCCAUAAAAGAUUGAAUGCCCUCCUGGAUAUUGCUGUCAGUUUCCUAGAUAUGGUUCAUCAAUUUGACAAUGAUUUUUCUCAUCGACUUCAUCUUUGCGAUGUCAAACCAGAAAACUUUGCAAUUAGAAAUGAUCUCACCGUGGUGGCUAUUGAUAUGGAUAUGGCAUUUUUUGAACCCAAAAUGCGCAACAUACUGGAACAAAAAUGUACCUCUGAUAAAGACUGUAAUUUUUUUGACUGUUUUUCGACCUGUGAUUUAAAGACAUACAUGUGUGGAGCACAAAGAGAAAACAACAAUCUACAAGUUAUCUGUGAUAAGAUAUUUCGGCGCUGGUUUACGCUGAGCAUUAUGAAAUCUGGCAAUUCAUUUCCUCUUCAAGGAGAACUGCAUAAGGCAGUACAGCAAUGUGCUCGGUCUACAAACAAGGAUAAACAAUAUACAGAGCUAUACAAAUUACUUCGAGCUAGCCAACAACAGCUUCAGAAAAGAAGUGAGGAACAUCAUUAAUAGUUUGUAAAG